UGGUAGCAAGACAAGUGAGAUUUGUUCAACAUCCUCUCAGGCUAUUAAUAGUGUAUAUCACAUGAUCUUUAGAAAAAAGAAUAAAACAGUAUACUUGGGGCCUGCAGUUCUUGGAUUUAACGAUGAGAGAAUAGUAGAGAAAUUAUUAUCUGAUGUAGUAUUU